AUGAUCCCAGACGUUCAGCUCAGCAUCUUUGCCGACACACUGGGCAUGUCACUCCCGUUGCUUGUCGUUCAGUGUCAGUACAUGGCCAUCAACAAUCCCAAGAAGAGGGGGAGUGAAUUCCCCUCAGCCUCAUGGAUCCAGGACAUAGUCUGA